AUGGGAGCAAAAAAAAGUCGUUUGAAUUCAGGGCAAUGCCCUAGCGUUGAGUUGAAAGAUGCAGCAACACUAAAUGCCAUAAUAGGUACGAAAAAUCGCAGAAAUGGAAAAAAUAAAGAGAACACAGUUAUUCAUAGCCGACAUAGCAGCUACAGCAUGAAAAACAACAAUGAUGUGCACUGCCUUUGUCGCAACGCCAAAGGUGUGAGACCACAGAGAAAAUUGAGCGAUCUAAGUGCCUCUAAUAAUACUCGGGCUCUGAAAUUCAAACAACCACUGGAUGAGACACAGAGAGAAUUUGAAGGCAAGGCGAGACCAAAGGCAAGCGAAAUACCAGCGAAAUUAAAUCGAUCUCAUGGGUCUGAGAAAUACAGCAACUGUGCAAAAACAACAGCAGGGAGGACAUACGGGGUGGAACCCGGAAAUAAGCUCCAAGAUAUCAGUUCACAUAGCGCAGUGUGCUCUUGUAGCACUUGUAGUAGGCGCAUGAGAGAACUGUCAGAUGCCGAAGCAAUAGCAAGGGCCAUAACAGAAUACUGUUCCAUGCAGCGCCAAAAUGCGCAAGAUAGAGAGAGGAAUCGCCACAGACGCGGCACAUGCAAUUGCCACAUUUCAGCGGGAUAUAAUUGGCAACAACAAGGAACAGUAAAACCAGAUCUGAGAGAAGAAAUGCACCAAAUGUGGGACUGCGCGCAACGCAACAGAAGUCAGGUAAAGAGUAGCAAAUUUUCAACAGAAACAAACCAUUGGGAAACAGAGCAAAUGAAAAAAGAAAUACAAGUUCCACAAAGUAGACACCAACAGAUCCGGAGGCAAAAUCAAACAAGACAAAGAAUUCAGUUAGUAAAAGAACCGCAAGUUAUGAGAAACAAUAUCAGAAGACAAUAUUGUGCGGAACUAGAACAAAAUGCUGAAGAACAAUCCGAAAUGGAAGAAAUCUCCGUAGAGGAUAUAGAAGUACAAAAAGUGCGGAGCGCAAAAAUGGAAAGAUAUUCGCCCGUUGCUUCAAGAAGAGAACACCAACCACUUAGAAGGCAAACCCAAGAAAACAAAAGAAGACCCCGAAGUCAUUCAGUAGAAGAAACGGAAAAUAUGAGAAACAACGUCAGAAGACAACCUUAUGCAGAGCAAGAACAAAGUGCUGACGAGCAAUCCGAAAGGGAGGAAAUCUCCAUAGAGGAUAUGGAAUUAGAAGUACAAGAACAUGCAAAAGGUUGCAGAUGUUGUGAUUGUCAGCAAAACAAAACUGCUGAAGAGGAAUCCGAAGUAGAUGAAAUAUCCGUAGAGGACAUAGAAUUAGAAGUACCAAAAGUGCGGUCCAAAAAAAUGAAGGGAGAUUCAGCCGUUGUUCUACAAAGUGGACACCAACAGCUCCGGAGGCAAAAUCAAGACAAGAAAACAAGACCAAGAAGUCAUUUAAUAGAAGAACGACAAAUUGAUAGAAGCAACUUCAGAAGACAACCUUACGCGGAACAAGAACAAAGUGCUGAAGAUCCAUCGGAACGGGAAGAAACCUCCAUAGAGAAUAUAGAAUUAGAACUACAAGAAGUGCGGACUGAAAAACUGGAGAGAGAUCCACCCGUUGCUUUAAAAAAAGGACACCAACCACUCAGAAGACAAACCCAUGAAAAUAAAAGAAGACCACGAAGUCAUUCAGUGGACGAAACGAAAAAUAUGAUAAACAAUAUCAGAAUACAAUCUUAUACGGAACAAGAACAAAGCGCUGAAGAACAAUCCGAAAGGGAAGAAAUCUCCAUGGAGGAUAUGGAAUUAGAAGUACAAGAACAUGCAAAAGGUUGCAGAUGCUGUGACUGUAAGAAAAACAAAAUUGCUGAAGAGGAAUCCGAAGUAGAAGAAAUCUCCGUAGAGGAAAUAGAAUUAGAUGUACAAGAUGAGUGGACCGAAAAAAUGCCUGGUGAUUCAGCCGUUACUUUACAAAGUGGACACCAACAACUCCAGAGGAAAAAUCAAUACAAUAAAACAAAACCAAGAAGUCACUCAGUAGAAGAAACGCAAAAUAUGAGGAACAACGACAAAGGAAAAUCACAUGCGGAACAAGAACAAAAUGCUGAAGAGCAAUCUGAAAUGGAAGAAAUCUCCAUAGCGGAUAUAAAAUUAGAGGUACAAGAAGUGCGGACAAAACCCAGAAGUCAUUCAGUAGAAGAAACUCAAAAUAUAAGGAACAACGUCAGAGGAAAAACAUAUGCGGAACAAGAACAAAGUGCUGAAGAGCAAUCCGAACGGGAAGAAAUCUCCGCAAAGGAUAUAGAAUUAGAACUACAAGACGUGCGCACAGGAAAAAAGGAGAGAGAUUUGCCCGUUGCUCCACAAAGUGGACACCAACAGCUCCGGAGACAAAAUCAAGACAAUAAAACAAGACCAGUAGAAGAACGGCAAAUUGUUAGAAGCAACUUCAGCAGACAACCUUACGCGGAACAAGAACAAAGUGCUGAAGAGCAAUCCGAAAUGGGUGAAACCUCCGUAGAGGAUAUAGAAUUGGAAGUACAAGAACAUGCGAAAGGUUGCAGAUGCUGUAAUUGUAAGAAAAACAAAAUUACUGAAGAGCAAUCUGAAGUAGAAGAAGUCUCCGUAGAGGAUAUAGAAUUAGAUGCACAAGAAGUGUGGACUGACAAAAUGGGGAGGGAUUCGCCCGUUGCUUCAAAAAGAGAACACCAUCCACUCAGAAGGCAAAUUCAAGAAUUUAAAAGAAGACCACGAAGUCAUUCAGUAGAAGAACCGCAAAGUAUAAGAAACAAUAAUACAAGGUUAUAUUAUUCGGAUGAAGAACAAAGUACUGAAGAGCAAUCCGAAAGGGAAGAAAUCUCCAUAGAGGAUAUAAAAUUAGAAGUAGAAGAAGUGUGGACCAAACCAGUGCUGAGAGAUUCGGGCGCUGAUCUACAAAGAGGGCACCGAUCGUUCGGAAGGUAUAAUCAAGACAAUAAAACAAACCCAAGACGUCAUUCAGUAGAAGAACGGCAAAAUGUAAGAAACAGCAACCGAAGGCAGAUUCAUACUAAAGGUUGUUUAUGCUGCGAUUGUAAAGAAAGAAGAAAACUAAGAGAAAUCAUGCACGAAAGUGAAGUAUUGGUAAAUAAAACAAAUCUGGAAACCCGGUCAGAAGAGGAAUCAAUAAGCGAAGAACGAGGAAUAUUAUCCACAAAAAAUAUGCAAAAUAGACCUCAAUCGCACCCAAAUAGAGAGCAACCACAAAGUGAACAAUUUUCAACGACGGAUAUAAAGGUACAAGUAAAAACAAAAAACGAAGCUGAAAACAAACGACGACCACGCAGAAGUGUAGAAGACGAUUCACGAAAUAGGCGAAGCAGCAAUCAGGCUAGACAAAAGAGAACGCCACUAGUAAGCACGGAAGGAAAAGAUAUUUCUGUACGAAAACGAGGAUUACAUUCACAACAAAUUGAAGCUAUAGAGGGCGACGAACAAUCUGUAUCAGAAGCAGUGGCCAAUGAAGAGAAGUUACAAAAUCGCAAGAGAUCACGAAAAAAAUCAAGGGAAGGAGGUCACAACGGUUUCAGUAACUAUAGAAAUGAUCGAUCAGCAGAGGAUAAGAGCAGACGUAGUAGCGAGAGCAAAAAAGGCGAAAGAAAGUCGGACGCUUUGGUAGCGGAAGUAAAAAUAACAAGAAGAAAGCAACGAGUUAAAGAUAACUACCAAACAGAACGACAUCGCAAGAAAAAAACAGGUGUGCCAUUAACAAAACGCUGCAAAUUCAGCGAGGACCCAUAUACGGACUCUAAACAAUGGCGUCUAGAUGUGGAUGGAAGAGCUGACGCUAAACAACGCCGCGCUGAACAACAAAUAGCACUACAAAAACGGCUACAAGAACAAACGAAGGACACACAAACACAACAUAAAUGCUGCUGUUGCAAUCCACUGCCACGCUGUUUCCCACAAUCUUUCUGUGAAUUAUGCUCAGAUUCAGUUACGAUGAGUUGCUGUGAAGAACCGCGGCCACCAACUCCCAGUUUUCCGCCAACAUUAUGCAGCUACCCAUCACCAUCGUGUUGUUUCUCACCACCUCCUCAUUGCUUCGAACCACCGACAUGCUUUGGACCAGAGUGUCCCUGCUGCUGUCAACCAAUCCCAUAUUGGUGUACACCUUCCAGUAGUUGUACAACACCUGGCUCAAUUCCCUAA